AUGACAGCGAUUCAUUUCCGCCUUCCAUAUGGCUACCAAGAAGCACCAGCAUGGCCUGCGCUUUAUUGGCCAUUUGGCGAAGGCUUCGAUCCUCUCAAUCUCGUAGCUGACAUUCCUCAUUCACUUUAUUAUCUUAAUGAUAUUUGGCGCUUUACAAUGUUGUGGUCAAUUAUCUUCUCACUCGUCGUAUAUCUUCCUGCAGGUAUUUGGGCAUUUACCACGUUUGCUAAAUCUCGGACAUUCAAGUGGAAUACAUUGAUUACUAUCCCACUAAUCUUUGUAUUUGCCGGUUCAUUAUCUUCCUUUGUGAUCGGGAGUAUUAUGGGGGUCGCACUUGCGUUUGUAUACAAUUCAGGAUUUUUUGUCAUGUCAUCAUGGAUCCCUUUUCUAUGGGGUCUUAUUCAUGUCUUGGUAGUCCUGGUCGGCAGUUACUCGACAAUUACAGCAAUUCUUUAG